CUGCCAAUCCCUCUACUGGCCUCCAUUCAGUGUCCUCCACCCUUCUCUGCCAAUCCCUCCACUGGCCUCCAUUCAGUGUCCUCCACCCCUCUCUGCCAAUCCCUCCACUGCCCUCCAUUCAGUGUCCUCCACCCUUCUCUGCCAAUCCCUCCACUGGCCUCCAUUCAGUGUCCUCCACCCCUCUCUGCCAAUCCCUCCACUGACCUCCAUUCAGUGUCCUCCACCCCUCUCUGCCAAUCCCUCCACUGGCCUCCAUUCAUGUCCUCCACCCCUAUCUGCCAUUCCCUCCACUGGCCUCCAUUCAGUGUCCUCCACCCCUAUCUGCCAAUCCCUCCACUGGCCUCCAUU